AACAACACCGAGUGCCGGGGCCGCUGGGAGGGCCCCAACGGCGGCAUCACCAACUUCGACAACUUCUUCUUCGCCAUGCUCACCGUCUUCCAGUGCAUCACCAUGGAGGGCUGGACCGACGUCCUCUAUUGGGUGAGCCCCCCCCCCUCCCUGGGAGAGAGGGAUUUCCUCCCCCCUGGGGUCACCGCAAAUCCUGCCUGCCUCAGCGUCACCCGCAGCCACCACGAGGAUCCCGCAGUGCGCCGCCUGCGCCGCCUGAACCGGGUUCUGCGCCGGCGGUGCCGCGGGGCGGUGAAAUCCGUCUCCUUCUACUGGACCGUGCUGCUCCUCGUCUUCCUCAACACGCUCACCAUCGCCUCCGAGCACCACGGGCAGCCGCAGUGGCUCACCGAGACGCAAGCCUACGCCAACAAGGCGCUGCUCUCGCUCUUUGCCGCCGAGAUGGUUCUGAAGCUGUACGCGCUGGGCCCCUCCUGUUACUUCGCCAGCUUCUUCAACCGCUUCGACUGCUUCGUGGUGUGCGGCGGCGUGCUGGAGACCGCCCUGGUGGAGCGCGGCGCCAUGGAGCCCCUCGGCAUCUCCGUGCUGCGCUGCGUGCGCCUGCUGCGCGUCUUCAAGGUCACCAGGUGA